GCUAGCAAAACAUCAAUAUCCAUACCGAUCCACAUUUCCAUGGGUUCACGCCAAUCCAUAUUUUCACACUCCAAAAUACACAAGUCCAAAACAGUCGCUUUCAGGAGGAAAUCACCAAGCCAUCCACGCCUCCGCCUUGUUCCGCCGUACUGCAAGUGGACGUAACUAAAGCCACGUACCACCAAUGGCCAAACCCUUGAAGUUUGCAAAGAGAACCAGGUCCGUGUUCUAUUCCCUCUCGGGACUCGGGCUAACACUUUUGCUCCUAAUUGCCUACGUCUACUCAUCUGAACACGAAGCCCACUCCUCCGACGCGCCCGGAUGCCGCGGGAUUGGGAUGUACCCAUCGUACGCCCGGAUCAAAGCCUUUGACAAGACCCACACACGAUUUGCGUCCAAGUACUCUUUGUAUUUGUACCGCGAACAGGGCAAGGACCGUAUUCCGAACGAACUGAAUACCGAAAACUACCUUAACGGGGUCCCGGUGUUGUUUAUUCCCGGAAACGCCGGCACCUACAAGCAGGGACGCUCAUUAGCCGCCGAGGCGUCAUACUUGUACUACGAUACGUAUGAACCGCGCAAAGACGACCCAUCGCUUAACCAAAAUGCAAGAAACAUGGACUUCUUCAUGACCCAUUUCAAUGAGGACUUUACUGCAUUCCACGGUAGAACCCUUUUAGACCAAGCGACGUAUGUAAAUGAUGCCAUUGGUUUCAUUCUUUCGCUCUACAACACCACCGAAAACGCUCCAAAGUCAGUGAUUGUUGUGGGUCAUUCCAUGGGGGGAAUUGUCAGCCGCGUGAUCUUCAGUUUGCCCAACUAUGUGGAAGAAUCGGUCAACACGGUGAUCACCUUAGCCAGCCCUCACGCCGCUUCUCCCCUUACCUUUGACGGUGAUUUGACCAAGAUCUACAGUGCCACUGACAAGUUUUGGCGCUACGGAUACUCUAACGAGUCGGCUGGCCCCGAAAGUGAAUCGGUGCGGAUGGUUGCUUGCCAGCGGCUAGCCAACGUAUCUUUGAUUUCCGUAACCGGCGGCAUUUUAGACACCAUCCUUCCGGCCGAUUACACCUCGUUGGCGAACCUCGUGCCUCCUAGCAACGGCUUCACCGUGUUUACCACCGGGAUUCCGGGCGUUUGGUCCCCUAUCGACCAUUUAGCGAUUGUCUGGUGUGACCAGUUGCGGAAGAAGCUCGUGGCGGCGAUGAUGGAAAUUGUUGAUUACCGUUCCCCCCAGCGUACUUACCCUCUAUCCACCAGAAUGAAGGUGAUGAGGCGCCACCUUAUGUCUGGCUUUGAAGAUUACGCCUCCCAGGACUACGCCGCUUUCUCAGGCAAUGGCACUCCUGAGUUUGCGGUCAAAUUACGUUUGGACAACAGCCACAUCAGCGCUGCAUCGCCUGGCGAGCGCGUGCUAAGAACUCCAUCCUCAAAGCUCUCGGCCCGCGGCACCUCCCCCAAGAUGAAUCUCUUUCACAUUCCGUCUGACGGCUCAAAAUUUGAGUUUUCCAUGCUCAGCUCGAUCCCCAUCCAGGACGUGAACUCGCUUGCAUCCGGUAGAGGUAUUUCGGUGUUGUUGUGCCGCAACGGAGACUCCCUUGCUCUGUCGAACCUCCCGUUCCUCGAUUUCACAAAGGCAACUACCCAGAAGUACGUUGAGCUAGAAUGUAUUGAUGUGUCAUCCGACGCCCACAGUGUGCCUAGGUCGCUGGGUGAUGCAGUCUUGUUGGCAGAUUCCUCGAUUGGAGGGGCGUUUUCGCCGUUCAACGCCUUUCAGUUUAACUCGAGCAUCGUUUCGUCGUACGACGUGGUUGUUGUGGCUGAAUCGCCGAACCAGGAGUCCUGGGACGCCUCGGAUUUUCUCAUUGCUGAACUAGCCUUGGAGAAAUCCUGUCAUAUUGACACCGGUAAGGGCAGCCUUGUGUCUCUCAUGGCCUACGGUGCGGAUGUGUCCCUUCCAACUGGCAGACCGCUCGCCGUUAAUAUUGAAGUUCCUGGGGCUUGGAGUAGUCUACUUGCAUAUAGCAUUGAGUUCAGAAACCUCAAACCAUCAGAGAACGGGGAGGCCGCUCUCUUUGAGCCAACAGUCAGACAGUGGAUUCCCGAUACCCACGAAACAAAGUGGCAUAUUGCCCUCAGACGUAACAACACUCGGCCCGUUUCCAUACAUGGGGUGAGUCCCUUCGUUGCAUUUGAGUCAAAGUCGAACCUGAACUCGUUGAACCUUCAACUUUGGAGCGACGCCAUUUCAGACGAAUCACCCAUUGAUGUUUACGUCUCUGUCGACUGGUGGAACAGCUUGCGGUUGCUAGUUUUACGGUUUCGAUUGGUAAUUGGGGCCUUCCCUGUGGGUAUUGUGGGCAUGGUGUUGAUGUUUCAGUUUAGUGAGUUCAAUAGGAACGAUUCGUUCCCGACCUUCGGUGAAGGCCUCCUCAAGAUUUGCGAAUCGUUUGUAUUGGUGCCGACUCUUUUGCUUUUGUCAGUUGCGACCCCAUUAUGCUCCAUCGCCGCUAUUCAGAAAUUGGUGUGUUACUUCAAUGUGGCAAGGUGGCUGGAUAUCAACGAAGUGGCCUACACUACGCAUCUGUCCGGCUAUCAUUUGAAUACCCUCUUUUUGGGGAUCCAGGAGCGCCCUUUAUUUUUCUUGGGACCCCUCUGUUAUAUUGUUUCGCUAGGGAUUGUUGCUGCGCUAUACCACUUGAUUUUGGUGGUUUGUGCAGGCUUCGUUUGUUUGUGGGUUGCGGUGUAUAAGACACUUUCCCGUUUCUACCCAGUUGAAAACAUCGGGGCUGCAUACGGCGAUACCAAGCCAAUCUCCCAUUCGCCUCGCCGUAUGAUAGGUACGUUUUUGCUUUUGGCAGCGGUUCCAUUCUACAUUCCGUAUCAAUUGGCAUACAUCGUGUGCUGUGUGCUACAAAUCGUUCUAACCUUGAGAGUGGCCUUCAAUGCCAGUCAGAUUUUAGUUUCAAAGCCCGAACAUGGCACGUACCAGAACUUUUUGCAUUACAACAUCUCUCUCUUGAUGUUAAUGUUGCUAGUUCUUCCCGUCAACGUACCAGUAUUGAUCGUGUGGCUUCACAACCUUUCUGUUAGAUGGAGCACGCCAUUCACCUCGCACCAUAACUUCAUGGCUAUCAUGCCAAUCGUGGUGAUGGUAGAAAAACAUAUGACUCAGUCAUUCAUGAGCAAAGCCUCGGCCAGACUACCAUCUGUGAUUACGCAAACAGUCUUGGCAUACAUGGUAUUUUUUGCUUUUACCUUUGGCGUUCGCCACGCCUUUUGGCUUCAUCAUCUUUUCAACUUCUUCUCUGGUUGGAUGUUGGUGCUUUUGUACACCAAUAACUUUAAUUUCUCUGCGGUGCCGGAAGCGAAAUGCAAUGAAAACCAGUCGAAAUUGCAUUAAAUAAAAGUUAAACGACAUUUUUCAAUCUCCAGUUGUAAAUAUGACCUGUAUUAUUUG